AUGUCAGCCUACCGGUACUUCGUCCGCCUCCGCGACCGCCUCGAGUUCAUCCUAGUGCGCUACGUCGACAAGGACCCGCACGUCCGGGAAGACUUUCCCAUAUACAAAGCUGAACGCGACGAGAAAUGGGCAGUGGAGGAUGGCUUCCAUAAGCAGAUUCCGUCGGCUAAGUCGGCGACCGAGCUUGAGACCAUCAAGUCAUGCGUCGAGCAACGCUGUGCAGAGGGGUCUCCCGCUUCACCAGAACCACCCGAAAGGGCAACGCCAGAUGCCACGAGAGACAAGAGCAAGAGGAAGGACACGGAGCUUUUCUCGGGAUUCGACUUUGGCCUGGAGGAUGCAAGUCCAAGUGGGCAGCGCACAAACAGCCACAGCGGUUCCCAACAUACAGCAAAGGACAAGGGGCCGGCCGUCCAGCGGCAGAUUAUCAACGAGUCACGACCCCGUGACGUCUCCAGAUCGAACACGUUCACUUCCGUCGUCGACUCGACACUCUCCGAGUCUAGGCGACGCAAACGGCAGAGGUCCGACAGCAAACCCGGGUACUUUGACCCCGACCCUUUCCAUGAUGAUGUCGGCGCAGCAGGCAAGGCGGGGAUCCGAGGUGAGGGGGACGAGUUGGUCAUGAAUGUGCCUGUCGAGCUUCGCACCGGGUCCCUGGCCAGGGGAGGCGACGACGUCAAGGCGACGACUGGCUUUGAGGGAAAAGGAGACGAAGGUCUGGUCAUGAAUAUUCCAGUGGAAUUGCAAAACAGAUCGUAG